AUGACUCGAGACGCCAUGCGCCCAGCUACUCCCAUCAAAGAAGACAGCCUCGCUCAUCGCGAAAAGCCCGACAUUACAAAUGCUUCUCCUGGUAUGAGACCCGGUACUCCGAAAGCUGGUACUCACGUCGCGACCCCUCGAACCGACACUCCGAAAGCCGGGACCUCUCGAACAGGUACACCGCACGGAGCUUCAAAGCAUGGCACACCAAAGAUCACUGCUUCCGCUGAGAAGAAAGCCAUCACCGAAGACGCCCCGAAUGAAGAUGGCCCUGCAGAACACGAUGUGCCCAAGCCCAACGGCGACAAGGCGCAGCCCAACGGAGACGUGAGCGGACGAAUCGAUCCCGGCUAUAAGGAAGACGUAGAGAUCGACUCGUUCAUCAGUCACCGCAUCGACGAGGCUAAUUCCACCGUCGAUAUCCGGGUUUUGUGGGACGGCGGAGAAACUACGUGGGAGACAGAAUGGAGUCUCCAAGAGCAGGUUCCUGCGCUCGUCUUCCAGUACUGGGAUAAGCUCGGCGGUCGCGAUGCUGCUACCAAGCUAGAAGUCUACCACGUCUUCAAGAUUCUCAGACGCGACACCACCAGCAGAGCCAAGAAGUACGAAGUUCAAUGGGUCGGCUUCAAGCGUAACGAUUCGACCGUGGAGAAGGAGGACUUUCUGCGUAGCAUCGCUCCGGCUGAACUGGAUAAGUUCCAGGCCAAAGAGCUGGCUAGCGGUGCUUCCAACGAUAAGCGCAAAGGCGCUGCCCGUGGUCCUGGCCGACCUCGCAAGAAGGCCCGCGCUGAUGAGGAUUAG